GAGGCAGCUCCCUUGAGCGUCCCCCCAGGCAGUAGUCACCGCAGCGGCGGUGGCAGCAGCCGUGGCAGCGGCGGGCGGCGGCGGCUCUUCCUCUCGCCUGCGAUUCAAGGCUUGCUGCUCCCAGCCCGCGCCGGGCCCCGGCCAUCUCCGCCGCCGCGGCUUCCCCUACACCCGGGUGCACGCCGCGCGGACUCCUCCGGUUUUCCGGGCGCCGGCGGGGGCUGCCCUGGCCUCGGCCCCGGCUCUGUCGCCGGUGGCCGAACUCCGUGGUGGCCCCGAGGCGCCGCCCUCCCCCUUGCCACCGCUUGGCCGCUGCUUUUCGGCUCCGACAUGGAAGAUGGACCCUCUAACAAUGCGAGUUGCUUCCGAAGGCUGACCGAGUGUUUCCUCAGCCCCAGUUUGACGGAUGAAAAGGUGAAGGCCUAUCUUUCUCUCCAUCCCCAGGUAUUAGAUGAAUUUGUUUCUGAAAGUGUUAGUGCAGAGACUGUGGAAAAGUGGCUGAAGAGGAAAACCAACAAAGCAGAAGAUGAACCAUCUCCCAAGGAAGUCAGCAGGUACCAGGAUACGAAUAUGCAGGGAGUCGUGUACGAGCUGAACAGCUACAUAGAGCAGCGCCUGGACACGGGCGGGGACAACCACCUGCUCCUCUAUGAGCUCAGCAGCAUCAUCAGGAUAGCCACAAAAGCCGACGGAUUUGCACUGUACUUCCUCGGAGAGUGCAAUAAUAGCCUGUGUGUGUUCACACCACCCGGGAUGAAGGAAGGCCAACCCCGGCUCAUCCCUGCAGGGCCCAUCACCCAGGGUACCACCAUCUCUGCUUAUGUGGCCAAGUCUAGGAAGACAUUGCUGGUAGAGGACAUCCUUGGGGAUGAGCGAUUUCCACGAGGCACUGGCCUGGAAUCAGGAACCCGAAUCCAGUCUGUUCUUUGCUUGCCCAUUGUCACUGCCAUUGGAGACUUGAUUGGCAUCCUUGAACUGUACAGGCACUGGGGCAAGGAGGCCUUCUGCCUCAGCCAUCAGGAGGUUGCAACAGCCAAUCUUGCUUGGGCUUCCGUAGCAAUACACCAGGUGCAGGUGUGCAGAGGUCUCGCCAAACAGACCGAACUGAAUGACUUCCUGCUCGAUGUAUCCAAGACAUACUUUGAUAACAUAGUUGCCAUAGACUCUCUACUUGAACACAUCAUGAUAUAUGCAAAAAAUCUAGUGAACGCCGACCGCUGCGCGCUCUUCCAGGUGGACCACAAGAACAAGGAGCUGUACUCGGACCUGUUUGACAUUGGGGAGGAGAAGGAGGGGAAGCCCAUCUUCAAGAAGACCAAAGAGAUCAGAUUUUCCAUCGAGAAAGGGAUUGCUGGUCAGGUGGCAAGAACGGGCGAAGUCCUGAACAUUCCCGAUGCCUACGCGGACCCUCGCUUUAACAGGGAGGUGGACCUGUACACGGGCUACACCACGAGGAACAUUCUGUGCAUGCCCAUAGUGAGCAGAGGCAGCGUGAUUGGCGUGGUGCAGAUGGUGAACAAGAUCAGCGGCAGCGCCUUCUCCAAGACGGACGAGAACAACUUCAAGAUGUUUGCUGUCUUCUGCGCACUGGCCUUGCACUGUGCUAAUAUGUACCACAGGAUCCGCCACUCAGAGUGCAUCUACAGGGUUACCAUGGAGAAGCUGUCCUACCACAGCAUCUGUACCUCCGAGGAGUGGCAAGGCCUCAUGCGCUUCAACCUACCAGCUCGCAUCUGCCGGGACAUCGAGCUAUUCCACUUUGACAUUGGUCCUUUUGAGAACAUGUGGCCUGGGAUCUUUGUCUACAUGAUCCAUCGGUCUUGUGGGACAACCUGUUUCGAACUUGAAAAAUUGUGCCGUUUUAUCAUGUCUGUAAAGAAGAACUAUCGGCGGGUUCCUUACCACAACUGGAAGCAUGCAGUCACGGUGGCACACUGCAUGUACGCCAUACUUCAAAACAACAAUGGCCUCUUCACAGACCUCGAGCGCAAAGGCUUGCUAAUUGCGUGUCUGUGCCACGACCUGGACCACAGGGGCUUCAGUAACAGCUACUUGCAGAAGUUCGACCACCCCCUGGCGGCGCUGUACUCCACCUCCACUAUGGAGCAACACCACUUCUCCCAGACAGUAUCCAUCCUUCAGCUGGAAGGGCACAAUAUCUUCUCCACCCUGAGCUCCAGCGAGUACGAGCAGGUGCUGGAGAUCAUCCGCAAAGCCAUCAUCGCCACCGACCUCGCCCUAUACUUUGGGAACAGGAAGCAGUUGGAGGAGAUGUACCAGACAGGAUCGCUGAACCUCCACAACCAGUCCCAUCGAGACCGUGUCAUCGGCUUGAUGAUGACUGCCUGUGAUCUUUGCUCUGUGACCAAACUAUGGCCAGUUACGAAAUUGACAGCGAAUGAUAUAUAUGCAGAAUUCUGGGCUGAGGGUGAUGAGAUGAAGAAGCUGGGCAUACAGCCCAUUCCUAUGAUGGACAGAGACAAGAGAGAUGAAGUCCCUCAAGGGCAGCUUGGAUUCUACAAUGCGGUGGCCAUCCCCUGCUACACCACCUUGACGCAGAUCCUCCCGCCCACGGAGCCUCUGCUGAAGGCCUGCAGGGAUAACCUCAGUCAGUGGGAGAAGGUAAUCCGUGGGGAAGAGACAGCAAUGUGGAUUUCAGGCCCGGCGCCUAGCAAAAGCACAUCUGAGAAGCUGAACGUGAAGGUCGACGACUGAUCCUGAAGUGACGUCCUGAUGUCUGCCCAGCAACCGACUCAACCUGCUUCUGUGACUUCGUUCUUUUUGUUUUCAAGGGGUGAAAACCCUCUCUUGGAAGGUACCGUCGCAUAUCCAUGUGAAGCAGAUGGCUCCCUGCUUGCCGCACACACCUCGGACAGUGAGCAACCCAGGCUCCGCCGUGUUCAGACGUCGGCUACUCCGUGGCUCCACCUGAUCUCCGAAUGCUAUUGCUACCAGGCCAGCACUGCACUGUCUGGAGGGGGCAGAGACUACAGGAGGGGUUCUUGCCUGCAUCCUCCCAUGAGGGUGUGGCCGGUCCCCUAGUUCUGUGCCAUGCUGCUACUUGGUGGCAUUGGUUAGGAAUGGGACACACGCCCCUUGUUGUGAAGUUUACAUGUGACCUUCUAGUAGGUUAACUGAGUUUGUAGCCUGGGACACGUGUAAUGAAGGUUACAGUCCACAGGUGAUAGAGAAAUUCAAGCUGUUGAUUACAGGUGCAGUACAGGUGUGCUUUUUCAGUCUACCUGGGGGCACAUAGGUGAGUCCGCUCCACUCAGAAGGAAGCAUACCUCUGCCCUCAUCAAGGGGACACAGGGUACAUCCCAGGCAUCGGGGAACUGAAGCUCUCACUUCAAACCAUGUCAAAGAAUUAAAACACCUCCCCUCCCCCUCACUGUAGCCCUUGGCGACUGCGCCAAUCCCUUCAUACAAAGAAAAUAAAAGUAAGGCGUAUAAAUU